AUGGCACUCUACGAAGCGCUAUACGGGAGGAAGUGCCGGUCACCGAUCUAUUGGGACGAAAUCGGUGAGAGAAAGGUGCUAGAUCCAACCACUAUUCCAUGGAUGGAGAAUGCUCGAGAAAGAGUCAAGUUGAUACGACAAAGUCUCAAAAUAGCUCAAAACCGAAAGAAGAGCUACGCGGACAAUCGAAGAAAAGAUCUGGAGUUCGAAGUUGGGGACUGUGUUUUCCUUAAGGUCACACCAUUACGAAGUGUCACGGCGGGUAGAGGAAAAAAACUUCAACCGAGAUUCGUCAGACCUUUCAAGAUUCUCCAAAGAGUUGGUAAAGUAGCGUAUCGACUUAAACUACCGUCAAGUCUAUCCAGAAUUCACAACGUCAUCCACGUCUCGAUGCUUAAAAAGUAUUAUCCUGAUACGUCUCACAUCUUACAGCAAGAGGAAGUCGAGAUAGAUGAAUCCCUCACCUACGAAGAGAAGCCAGUACAGUUGCUCGACCGAAUGGUUAAAGAGUUGAGAAACAAACGAAUACCUUUGGUGAAGAUUUUAUGGAGAAAUCACCGAAUUGAGGAGGUUACCUGGGAGGUGGAAGAAGAAAUGAAAAAGAAAUGCCCUGAACUGUUUGAAAAUCAAGAUGAGAAAUUUCGAGGGCGAAAUUCUUUUCAGGGGGAGAAAGUGUGA